GCUCGUGACCGUGGCCGGAGUAGUCCGCACUCUUUAACCGAUUCGGUCUCGUCGAUAGAAUCUCGAUAUUUUAAAAACUAGCCGCCGAAAAGCAAUCUGCUGCACGUGUUGCAUUGCGUUUUGUUUGGAUUCUAACUUAAGAUUUCAACUUUAAGUGAAAAAUAAAAGAAAAAACCAAAAAAAUGGGUUGCGCAACGGGCACCUUAAAGUAUUCGCUGUUCCUAUUUAAUGCGUUAUGGGCGAUACUUGGCAUCCUUGUGCUCGUUUUUGCCGGACUCGGCUGGGGAGCGAUGCCAGAUCAGUAUGCCAUCGGAAUCCUGGUCCUUGGCGGCAUUAUCCUGUUGACUUCUCUGUUCGGAUGCUGUGGAGCUGUUCGCGAAUCGCCGCGCAUGCUGUGGACGUAUGUGUCACUGCUUCUGGUAUUGCUGGUACUUACGGUGGCCUUUAUGUUCCUGAGUCCCAAAGAUGUGUUCAAGAAAUACGCUCUGCAAACUGUUGAGACCCACUGGGAAAAGGAGCAGACUGAGCCGGGCAGUAUGGAUUAUAUUCAGAGGAUGUACUCUUGCUGUGGCCGCGAGAGUCCCCGGGACUAUCUGAAUAGCCAAUUCUGGAACAACACGGUACCGGAUAGCUGUUGCAAAAACGGCAGCUGUGUGAAUCCCCUGAAUCUCUUUGUGCAGGGCUGCCUCGGCAGAGUGGAGGAGGCUUUCGAGGAUGAACAAUCCACAUUGAGCUAUUUUGAGUGGGGCCUGCUCGGAUUCGAUGCUGUCAUCCUCCUGCUGGCUGCCGUCUUGGCCAUUCACUACACAAAUCGCCAGAGGCGAUACAACUAUUAGUGAAUAUUUACCGAUUAAGAUAUACAUCUCCUCACUUCUCUCAUUUUUAAGCGUCACUAAUGUACCUUUUUUCUAUCCAAAAAAA